AUGACCCUAUUAGUUUUGUCAUAUAGUUGGCAUCCAUUGCCUUUAAAUUCUACCCUUCCUCCUCCAAUUGCUAAGCAAGGAAUUGAAAGUAGGCAAUUCGGGACAUGUAAUACAUUCCGCAAAAUGUGCUUCAUUGAUUGGCCAUCAAAUUUAAAGUUGACUGCCACUGUUCCUCGUCCCUGUGUCAUCACCAAUCCGCCCAUGCCGUCUACUUCAGAUUUCAACAGUUCAUAA